GAAAAGGCUGGAGGGGCCACACAGAGAAGGGGAUUAUCCGAGAGCUGCCCCCCGAUCCGCCGCGUCCUGACACGGGAGAGCCCCGCGCACACCUCGCCCCCUUUAUCUUCCAUCUUUCCAGGGGCGCACGGACGAGGAGCCCUGGCUGCACUCGCACCACUAUCUGCCCAUCUUUUGUCUCCGCGUCGCUGGGCUCACACGGGAGGCUGCCUGGUCCCCGCAGCAUCAGCACCAGCAGCAUCAGCCUCCUUCUCCUGUCUCCGCUCUCUAAUCGGACGAUCUCCAUCUCCAGCCUUUGAUUUGCAGAACACUUCCCUGCUUGACGUUUGACCCCUCGAGUCAAUCCCAUGUUCCGAGCUCCCGCGGCUGAAACAAGUCAAAGAACUACUUUCUUGCUUUUCUUGUUUUCCUUUCUUUCCUCGAAUCGUCUGAUGAGUGUUUGUCCGGUGGAAUAUGAGUUAAUUUGGAGUCGAGGCUCCGCUCAAGAGCGUCUUUAAGUUCGUUUCAAGACAAAUCUACACCUCAACUCUUUGUCAAGGUUCUUCACGAGAAGAGAAAACCAACACCGGAGAAUCAAAAUGAUGCUGAGCCCGGACCAGGCGGAGUCGGACCUCUCCUGGACUCAGUCCGACCCGGAGACCAUGCUCAACGGCCUCAGGUCGACCGGCUGCACCUCGGACGACCCGACGGAGGGAGAGGAACGAGCCAAGUGCAAGUCCGACCAGCCGCUGAGCCGGGAGGAGAAGCGGCGGCGGCGGAGGGCCACGGCCAAGUACCGCUCGGCCCACGCCACCCGGGAGAGGAUCCGGGUGGAGGCGUUCAACGUGGCCUUCGCGGAGCUGAGGAAGCUGCUGCCCACCUUGCCCCCCGACAAGAAACUCUCCAAGAUCGAGAUCCUCAGACUGGCUAUCUGUUACAUCUCCUAUCUCAACCACGUGUUGGACGUGUGAGAGCCACCCGGACUCCCCCCCCCUGCACCCCGGGGUGACAGCAGGGUCGGUUGGGUUGGUGCUGGACUCCAGAGGCUCAUGCUGGAAUCAGCUGGGUAUGGCAUUGUUGACAGUAGAGUCCUGAAUGAGAAAAGCACACGUGCGGUGUUUUUAUGAAAAUUCACCGCAUGCACAGUUUUUUGGGGAAUGUGCAGAAAAUGCAUUUCAGAGAAAAAUCCAUAUUGGCUCAACAUCUGUGAGAGUUUUAGGACAACACCUUGAAAUACCAGAAAUAAAAAACGGUCCUAAAACACCCUGGAUGCUGGGACUCUGCCAUACCUCAGCUGUACAUGUGUGAGUCCAGUGUUGUUUCUGUUGUGUGUUUUUAUUGAUGGCAGUGUUGGUGCAAAGUUGCUCCAAGUAAAAAAAAAAGAAAGCCUCAACUUUCAGUCCCCGACCGCUCACUGAACAAAAUAAAAGCAACAAGCGCACAGGCGUUUGUUUUAGAUGCAAUAAAGAGGAGAGGGAUGGAGGAAGAGGAGGGGGAGGAUGAGGAAGGGUCGUCAGGAAUAUCAAGGAUCUGGUUUUCAGAGAAACUUUCUUUUUCACAUUGAGUCGCCCCCCCCCCCCCCUUUUUAAAAUAAUGUCAAUCCUACAUUUAAAGUCACAAAUCUAUAUAAAUAAAGGAGCGAGUCCUCUCCUCGCUCUUUCAAUUUUUAAUUUCCAAUGCUUAGAAAAACACUUGGGGGGAAUUUCCCAGACGGAAAUGAAAGGAUGUAAACGACAUAGCUGCUUUAGAUCUAGUUUAGUUAUUUUCCAUCAAGGAAUAAAAAAAAAAAAAGAUUCACUGCGUAAGUGCCACUUAUGACAUAUAAAAUUGUGACCUUAAUCAUUUUUUAAAAAGUGUAUGGGAUUAUUUAUUUAAUUGUGUUCAAUAUUUAAGGCUAAUUUAUUUAUGUUGUUAUCAUAGGCUGGCGUCUCUUUUUGUACAAAUGUAUAUUGUUUGUUGCUUCUAUAUUUUAGGCUGUGAAAUUUGGAAAGUGAUGGUGUUCUACUCUUGAAAAAAAAGGCACUUUCUGUUGAUCCAUAGCAAAACCUAUUGUUUUCCAUGUAUGUCAUUGUUUUUAAUUUAUGGAUUUAUGUUGGAUUUCAAAUCUAUUAUUUAUCAAUAGCAAAACGAUAAGCACUUGAAGAUGGGGUCCAGCCCCAUAAAUGUUUAUUUCCUGAUCUGUUGUGUUAAGAGGUUGCUCUGGGAAGAAGAAUUAGGCUGCUAAAAGAAAUAAUAAUAAUUUACACUCAAUAUAAAAUUCCUCUUGACGGAAUAAAGUCAAAUCCUUUAGAUUCAGAGUUAAACCUCUUUUUUUGCUGUGACCAAAUAAUAAGAAUAAGAAUAAUGAUAAUAAUAAGAAUUUCGAAAAUACUCGUUAAUUUAUUAUCUUCAAUGUUCCUGAUGUGAUUAUUAUUUCCUGGUUGAUUUAUUUAUCUGUCUCUGCUUUGUGUUAUAAAUUCAACAAGUAAUUUUAUAGUGAAGAAAAACCACAUAUCCUCUAUCCAAAGAUUUUCUGUCUCUUCAGGGUUGUGUAGCUACUUGUUGCUUUAUGCAGAUCUUUUGUAGUAGAGGUGUCGUGUGACAGCUGGUUUCUAAUGGACAGACUUUCAUAUUUU